CGAGACCAGACGAGACGAGAUAAUCAUAACCACUACGCAAUUCCAACCAGCAAACAAGCAAGAUUCAACUAUCGAUAAGAAUCUAAUCAACCAGUUCUUCACCGACGUCAUAUAAAACCUCACAUAUACUCCGUAGCGAGGUAUUUCACACACCGUUACCCUUACCGUUACACCCGCCCCAUCUAUCCCUCCACUCCACCAGCAACGAAAAGCAAAGAAACUUAACUUUCCCCAAAGCGAGCCUGGUCACUUUUGUCGUCAGCAUUUACCCAGCGCAUCGCAUAUCCAUCCUGCUCUCCACAUUCUUGUUUUCAUCCUUGUAACGCUUCACUUUGAAGGAAUUAGACAAGUAAAGUUUGAGGCAAGCAGCAAGUAACCAAGCACGCAAAUCCCACCAUCCACAUCCUGUCCCAUUUCACAUCCAAGAUCCCAUAUCCACCAACAUAUCCUUAUUCCUUUCCCAAACGACUAGCUAGGUAUCUAGAUGGGUAAAUAAACAAGGCUGCAUCAUAUCAUACAUACCCAAAAGCAGGGCAAAUCCAUCCAUCCCAACCUCUAUUCAUUCAAUCUAUGUCUGUGGGUAUCUCGAACUGAACAGAAUUAGAACUUGAUAAGAAGAGCUAGCUUCGCAUCUUGUCGACGAAGGGUUUCUCAUCUUCUUCUUUCUUUUUAUUUAUCAAGUAUCUACCUAUCUAGUAUUCACUGCUUUAAUUCAGCGAGAUUUUCUUUCUCGUGUCUUGCGAUUGGAGCAAGCAAGCACACACAUCAUUCAUUGUGUGGAAGUGAAUUUGAUUCGUACGUUUGGACUCGGCUUUCAUCAUCAUCAUCGUCGUUGUUGUCGCAUAAGAUAAGCCGACUUUAGCUCCAAGUUAUUUUCCACAAUCGUUAAUAAUCACACACAUACACAUAAAAUAAUCGCAAAGAUUUGCUGCUCGCUGUCUGUAGCAUCAAUAAUAUACUUCUCUCACACUCCAACCAAAAUCUGAAGAGACAAAAAAAACUCACAAUGCUUUUCGGCAUGUUCUUCGCCUUUUGGCGAUUCUGCGAGAUCAUUACUCUGAUCCCAACCCUAGGCAUGCUCGCCUUCUUCGUCAACAUCUACGCAUCCAACAACGCUCUCACCCCCAACUACAUCCUCGUGCUCUUCAUCGUCUCCGUGCUCGCCUGCGCCUGGGCCAUCGCAACCCUCUUCACCUACCACCGCACCCGCUCCAACGCCCUCUUCGUUUCUUUCAUCGAUCUCUGUUUCGUAGGCGCUUUCAUCGCCGGCGUCUACGAGCUCCGCUUCAUCACCAAUUCCGACUGUUCGCAUCUCACAAACACCCCCGGAUACUACAUCAAUUUCGGAGCCUUUGGAAAUGCGAAUAUUAAUGGAGUGAGUGUCAAAGUGGAUAAAACGUGUGCGAUGCUCAAAGCCUGUUUUGCGUUUGGAAUCAUGAAUUGUAUUUUCUUUUUCAUAACGAGUUUGUUGGCUUGUAUGGUGGGGAAGGGGCAGGAGAGGGGGGGGAGGAGAGAUGAGAAGGUUUAUGUGAGGGAGACGCAUGUGACGAGACAUGGACAUAGGAGAAGUGGAAGUCAUAGGAGUAGAAGGAGUGGGAGUCACAGGAGGACGUAUGUUUAGGGGUGCGUGGGAAGGAGGAGUGUGUUUUGAUGGGAUUGGGAUGGAUGGGUGGGAGGGAGUUACGGCCGAUUUUAAUGUUUUACUUUUGGGGAAUGAACGGUGGAUAGAUGGGAUGGGGAAUGGGAUGGAAGGAAUGAGAAAACGGCUGGAGUGGCUUGGAUUGGAUUCGAUCGGAUCAAUAAGUAAGAUAUGUCAUUGUGCAUCUUUGAUACAAGGACGAAAUGAAUGAAAUAGGAAAUGAAAGGAAACGAUAGGAUAGGAUAAUGAAUCAAUGCGAUAAUCUACACACACACUGCU